AUGGUCGAAGCCCCGCAAUCGGGCAAGGCGGCGGAAGGUACCAUUAUCUCGUGUGAGAGAUGCCGCCGGCGUAAAAUCAAAUGCGACCGCCGCAGACCUUGCGCCAGAUGUCAGAAGGCAGGCACCGCUUGCGUACUAUCUGGGACAGGCGAGAAGCAACGCCCCGUGCCCCGCCGGCAUGUACAGGCACUCGAGUCCCAGAUUGCAGCCCUGGAUGCCUUCAUCCAGAAGCUAGCGUCCUCAACUGCCUCGGAGCGGGACGAGAUGCUCGCAGACUACAACUCGAGAGCAGCUUCUCGCAAGCCGUCGCUGGAUCGUGCCCAGGAGCCAAUUGACGCCGUCGAGCCAACGACCUCCCCUCAGAGCGAAAUCACAGAGGCUCGAGCCCGAGCUGGUCAGCUACGUUCUUUGUCCGCCCGCCCUGCGACACAAUUCUUUGGCGGCACAUCAGCCUAUCAACUUCACGUGUCGGAGGAGGCAUCCGUCUUAUUUGACGAUGAGCCCGAUACCACCAUAAGUGGUCCCGCACUCCACAGGACGUCUACAGCAUCUAUCACUAGUCCAGACAGCCUCUCCUUCGAGUAUCCGCCCCAUCACCCUGUCUGCCGCCAGUUGAUGACCACCUUCUUCAAGCAGUCAUACUAUUACAACAUGUACGUCUAUAGAGAGUGGUUUCUGCGAGACUGGGAUGCAGGAGCCGGUCCAUACUAUUCCGAAGUCCUGCUUUAUAGCAUGUGCGCUCUCGGUGCGCGACUGUCUGAGGACCCCGAGUUCUACGCCCUGGCAUCUUUGUUCAUGGACCAGUCACAAGCACUGCUACUCCAAACCCUCGAAAAGCCUGAUCUAACUACGCUGCAGUCGCUCAUCAUGCUCGGCUACCUCGAAAUUGGCCAGGGCAAAGCAUCAAAAGGCUGGCUGUUCUGUGGGAUGGCAUUUCGACUUGCGCAUGAAAUGGGUCUACACCUUGAUCCUAAUAAUUGGACGUCGAACAAGGGACUUGUGGACCGAGAGAUCUUCCGACGGGUGUACUGGACAGCAUACGUUGCAGAUAAGCAGUUGUCUCUACACUUCGGCCGCCCACCCGCCCUGUAUCCACAUGAGUCCGAUGUCAGAAACACAAUUCGCAUACCCUAUCCUCCAGAGUGGGAAUCUCUGCUAGAUACCUACAUCUCUACAGGCACCUCCGCCACCGCCUACGAGGAUGGGAUUGCAUUAGUAGCCUCCCUGGUCUAUCAGAUCGAGCUGUCGAAGAUAUUGCACGACAUGAUUGUCGAUGUGUUCGAAAACAGACAUCAAAAUGCCACCGUUGCUGCUACUGCGGCUCAACGGGUUCACGUGAGCCUGACAAAGUGGCUGUCAGAGCUACCUGGAAAGCUACACUGGAAUCAGUGGACAGUAGGGCAAGUGCCGAGCUACGUCCUGCAUCUACACAUGCUGUUCCAUACGGCAAUGACCAUCCUUCAUCGACCCCCACGACAUCUCUUCCACACCGCCAACAUUGCACAAUCCGAGGAUGUUGAGAUCUGCUACGCCUCUCUAUCUGCAGUCCUUCGCCUCAUCACCUCUUAUAGCAGACAUUACCGUCUCGCCGAUCUCCCCCUGGACUUUGUGCACAUCCUGUCCAGCGCCGCCGGCACCGUCCUCAUGAAGCGCUUCUUCGACAACUCCGCUUGGACGGAUAGCGACGUUGCGAAGCCCCUCGCCACUCUCCUUGGGGCAAUGGAAGAGAUUCAGAGGGUCUGGCCCUGCGUCAGGGAGAUCAAGGGCAGUAUUGAGAGAGCCAUGCAGACCGAGACGCAAGGCACGCCACGGGGCCAAAUGGACAUAGGCAUGAGCAUGGACAUCGACCUCGGGCCCGUGGUGAACUUUGCUGCUUCGCCGUGGACCGCGGGCGAGGAGCUGGAGUUGCCUGAGUUUGAGUCUGGCGUACCGGCGGCAGGGGCUUCGGACGGCACGACACCGGACCUGGGCCUGUUGCUGACGGACGAUUUCUUGACUGGCCAGUUCGAGUGGGAUACUUUGGCGUUGCCUUGA